GAAGUUCAGCAAACCGAUCUUUAGAGAAUUCCAGAUGUGUGCCCUUAGGGAGAGAACAUUUUGCCUCUGCUGGAGGGUAAAAGAAGCUGUGUGGAUAAGUAUAUUGGGACUGGAGCAGAAAAAAGAUGGCAUUCCAGCUGGGAAACCUCACAGACCCUGGAUGGAUGCAUGCACCAGCUUGGUUUUAGGUGAUGACAGUAAUCCCCAUCUGCAAAUUCCUGUUGUUUGCUAUGAAAAUCCAUUAUUUCAUGCUAGAAGUGAUCCAGUGCAAGAGGAAAAGGUCUUGAAAUGUGAAAAAUAUUUUUCAGUCACUGAAAGGCUGUCUUUCAAACGAGAAUUGAGCUGGUACAGGGGUAGAAGACCAAGAACUGCAUUCACUAGAAACCAGAUUGAAGUCUUGGAAAAUGUUUUUAAAAUGAACUCCUACCCCGGCAUUGAUAUUAGAGAAGAGUUAGCUCGCAAAUUAGAUUUAGAUGAAGACAGGAUCCAGAUCUGGUUCCAGAACCGUCGUGCAAAGCUGAAAAGAUCACACAGAGAAUCUCAGUUUCUAAUGGUGAAAAAUACUUUCACCUCCAGCCUGCUAGAGUAGAAGGAAAGGAUGGUUUGCUGUUACAGUACUAGUACAGAAAAUGAGGAAUUAUUCAGAACCUGUAUUAAGUAAUGAUAUAGUAAUUAUGACUUUAUGCCCAGAUUUGAAAGUUUAUUAUAAUUUUCAUUCAAAUAAACUGUAAAUACUUGAAGUAUUAUUAUAAUCUACUUUUUGUGGAAGAAGUGAACUUUUCCUAUAUAUUU